ACAAUUAGGCUAACUGGAGGCGAAUCAUACCUUGACCACUCGUUUUCUUUCGUCAAGAACGAGAGACCACUUUCUGCCAUUAUCUAUCUGCUCCCCAACUAUAAUCUCUUCUGAACUAUUUUUCGUCAUGGUCAAGGACUACUUAUGGAGGCAAAGAGUCAAGUUCGAGUCGACAUUAGCACUGUCUAUGCUUGAGCCUUGGGAGAAAUUUCUCUGUUUGAUCAUAUUCUCGCUUUUGACGAUGUUGGUGAUGAUUGGACUAUUCCAAUACUUGCCGCAGCACGUCAUGGUCAUGCAACGACGCGCCAUAUAUUACCUCUGGGGCCAGGAAGGAGACGUGUUUCGCUCAUGGGUAGAGACUCCAGGACUGAAAGAGCUAUAAUGUGGGCCUAAUCGUACACGCAUGACUAGAGGUGAGCGCCCAGGUGUUUCAUUCGUUAUUAUGCUUACCUACCCACAUAUCUGCAUUCUUUUCUUAGAUCUCUCUUAUGCUAUCUAUCUGGAUUCAUCUCUCCCAUAUCCCUCACUCGCUUACGUAUACCUUUGUAUGCUCAUACAUCAAACUUUUGCUGCCGGACCAACACUAGACCCGAUUCUUGGUGCGCAUUCUUAUGACGGUGGACACGUGACUGUACGGGCCCAAUGCGAGUUAUUGAAUUGCAAAGGUAUUCUUCUCUUCCUAGCCUUGUACUAGCAUAUAGAAAUAUACUCCCCUGCCAUGUUACAAACCAAAAACGCGCGGGCAGUCUUUAUCGCACUAAUCCGUUGUAGCCUCAGCAUGGCACACAUGCCCGUCCUCCCGGACACGCCCAGCUUCCGCACUUAUUUCUUCCGCAAGCACGUAUGGCGUUACAAAAUCGUGCUCAAGACAGACAACCUUUGGAAUAUCUGUGCUUGAGCCCUGGGAGAAGCUCAUUUUCAAUCGU